GGCAACUCAUUCUCCGCUGUACGUCUGGAGGCGGUAGUUGUGAGUGCUCUGAAUGGUGCCAUACGGAAGAAAACGGAACAGUAAAACUAGAACGAAAUAAAAAAAACUAAUGGGAACAUUGACAGAAACACCCUAGCCUCUCACUGAAGAUAAUGGGCACUGUUAGCAUUCUUUAUUUGUUGAAAACGGAAAUUCUCGCCAUAUUUUUGAGGUGGCGGGUGUGCUGUACGGCGAGCUCAACAUGGCACUGCAAUGCAUAACCAGACUGAAUUAGUUUAUUGUUUAUUGAGACCUACGACCGUUGUUGCCACCUGUGCUCCUUGAAACAUUCACGACAACGAUUCACUUGGUGUAUUUUUACUAAUGGAUAUAUUUACUGGGAGCACUGCGACUCCGUGGAUCUGUUCGUUCAUUGUCGCCGACUCGUCAUUCCCGGAUUUUUACCAACUGGAAAUGUAUAAAGACUAAGGGUGUUUUCGUGAUCUAAUCUUACCUACAUGUCAUUUAACAAGCUCAACAUUGUCACCCCUAUUUGCUGUAAAGUUAAAUUACAAAAGUGAUAUUAAUCCCCGACGCACGAACUCUCGUUGGGUCGUUUUGACUGACUCGUGGAGCCUAGAGAACACGGCCAAAAAAGUUCCAACUAGACAUUUUGCGUUUUGGCCAAGGACAAUAUAAUUUAGAGAAAUUAUUCUGGAAUUUCUAUCAGGAUUGUACCAGUGAGGGAUGGUGGGAGGCAGACUACCCAUGUGGAUCUAACCAUCCAGGAACCACCACAUCACACAAAGCAUGGUGGAUGCGAGUGCUGCUUGCAGAAUGAAUCCGCUAGCUGCCCUGGGCAUGGACCGUAGCAGCCUGAUGAGGGAGAGCCUCCGCGUCCACGGAGGGAUGGUCUACCCGGGCAUCCGCACCUUGUCCGCCUCCGAAAAAGCCAGGGAGGGGGUCUCCUCCUUGCCCCUGGGCUACGACCUAGUCUACAAACCCGAAGGGUUGACCUUGGACGGCAGGAAGCCUGGUAACGGUUAUGUGGGUCUGUAUAAGAGCUCUCCCCCUGGGUUGCAGAGGCCUGGUGGAGGAGGGGAGGGCCUGGGAAUGGAGCGGCGUGUGGGGCCUGGAGAUAAACCCACUGAGCUGGGCCUCAACGGCAACAACGGCUUCCUACGACUUCCCUGGGCAGUAAACCCGUACGCGGACCCCGGACUGUACCCCUUCCUGGACUCCUCCAAAUACGCAGCCCUCAACAUGUACAAGGCCUCGUUCCUGUCCCAGCCCUCACCCUACCUGCCCCAGCACCUGGCCUACCAGUCCCUGUGUGGAGGGGCGGGGGGUAGCGCUGCUGGGGCAGAGCGCCUCUUCUACAUGCCCCCGUACCCCCCGGCCCCCAUCUCCUCCCCCCUGGCCCCUCCUAUGAGGAUCCCCAUGGCCACGGUGGUCCCCAACACCCUCUCACCGAUGCAGGGUCUGGGGCCCCGGAUUCACCAUGAGGCCUCCCCCUAUGGGUCCCAGCUUCACCAGCAGCACCAGGCCCACCAGCAGUCCCAACCCCAUCACCAGUCACAUAGUGACAGGCAGCCCCAGUCCCAACCCCAUCACCAGUCACAUAGUGACAGGCAGCCCCAGUCCCAACCCCAUCACCAGUCACAUAGUGACAGGCAGCCCCAGUCCCAACCCCAUCACCAGUCACAUAGUGACAGGCAGACACAGUCCCAACCCCAUCACCAGUCACAUAGUGACAGGCAGACCCAGUCCCAACCCCAGUCCCAUAGUGACAGCCAGUCCCAGUCCCAACCCCAUCACCAAUCACACAGUAGAGACAGGCAGCCCCAGUCCCAACCCCAGUCCCAUAGUGACAGGCAGCACAACAACAGCAGCAGUAGUAAGCUCAGCCGGACUUCCUCUAGUAAGAGCUCUGGCAGCAGCAGCAUUCACAACAGUAGCAGUAUUACCAGUAGUAGUGCUGGGACUGGCAUUAGCAGCAGCCUACCAGUGGACUCCACCCAAGCACUUAUAAUGCAGUCCCCCGCACAGCCCCCCACCCUCCCCAGACCCAGUCCCUCCCCCUCUCCUCUCAUAGACAACAGCACUUUGGACAUCCAGAAGUCACUGUUCAGAAGCCCUCCCUGCUCCUCCACCACCACCACCUCUUCCUCCCUGUCGGUGUCCCAUCCUUUCUACAUGAGCAGCAUGUCCUCUGAGCACCGCUCCCCGGUGCGGUCCAGCAGCAACACCCACAAAGCCAAAGAGCAGGGCAGCAGCUCAGAGCACAGGAAUGUGGAGAGGAAUGGGGAAAGGAAGCGGAGCCAGUCCCCUUUAAAGACUUUGUCCUCUGAUAGACCAGCAGUACUACAGGCUCCUGCCAAAGACCCUGCGGACAAGCCUCUGGAUCUGUCAGCCAAAAUCCUGGAGUUGGAAGGCUCCCCCAACGGAUUCCCCCCAAAACUAGAGGCCUUGGCUAAGCUGGGCUACUCGCCCGCGGCUCGAUACGGCUUACCCCCCAGCCGGGAGCUCCUCAAAGAGACCCUCUCCCCGUCAGGGGCUUCCUCCAAAACCUCUGAGAGGCCUGAGAUCAUUAGCACUUUACGCUCCUCCUGGGUGGUGCCCAGCUCGACCCCGGUCCACUCCAGCUCAGACGCCAACCACAACAAAGACCCCUCCGUCAUCAAACAUAAAAACCUGGAGAACUUGUCUUCAACGCAGCAGCGAAGCUCUUCCUCUCCCAGGAUAGGUGAGGUCGAUGGGGCUGUCGCCCCAAGCCAUGCCCCAGCUGUGGUAGCCCCUUCUGGGAGCCGACCGUCCUCUGCCUCCGCCUCUCCCAAGGUCAACGGUGAUUGGCCAAGAUCCUCCCCCAACUACUCUGAGACAGCCCCUUCUUCCAACAGAAUGGGCAGCCAUCCCUCUUCUGGGAAGCCAUUGAAACCCCUCAAGAAACCAGAGGCUCAGGAGAUGCUCUUCAAACCCCAGCAGCCGCCACACUUAGACAACAGCCAUCCGUCCGACAACAGCCAUCCGUCCGGCCACCCCCCUAGCCAACUCUACCUCCCCCAGAGUGACGGCUAUCUGCCCCCUAGCCUAGCCUACGCUAACAGAUACCUGCCCUACUCGGUCCAGGAGAGCAUGUCCCUGCCCCACAUGCCCAUGCCAGGCAAAGGCCCAGUGUACCCCCACCCUGUUCUGCUGGGCAGCAGCAGCCUGUACCCACCCCGCCUGCCCCCAAACACGGCCUCCCGUACGGCAUCCCCCAGCCACGGAGACUACCUGACCUUCCAUGACUCCCAGGAGAUGGUCCACCCCCUCAUGUCCUCGCCCCACACAGGCCUGGACCUCAAGACCAGCGAGCGCCUGCAGGAGCCCCGGUCCAGGCCCAAGGAGAAGAUUUGGCAGCACCACGAGGGCUCUGCCCCGGCCUACAAGACCCAGGCCCCAGACACUAAACACACCCGCAGGGGGGACAGAGAGACCGACAGGUCCACAGGCCUGGGCUCAAAGAGCCUCAACCACAAGCCCCUGGCGGGAGCUAGAGAGGAGAUAGUCUGUAUCGACUUAAUCCAAGACGAUGGGGACAGCGACUCUCCCCUGACCAAAGCUGUCUCUCCAUGCGCUAAGAGAGGAGACCCUUCCAAACCUGUGGGUAGUGGGAGUAUCGGGAGAAACGAGGGGAGAGAGGCAGAGCUCCAGCACAUGCUCCGUACCGGCCAGGCUGUUGAACUCAGGCCAGGCCAGGCCCACAGGCAGGCAGAGCAGCAGCAACGCAGCCAGCUGUGGCUGGGCUUCCACCCUUCCUCCCUCCGUCCUGAGCCCCCCUCCCUCUCCCCCUGCCCUUUCCCCAGACAUGAGGAGGACAGCCCCAGCCCUGCAGAAAGCAGCCCCAUCUCUGACCUGCCAGAGGAGCAGACCCUUCGCUGCGCAAGGACUUCUGGAGACCGCACCUCUUGGAACCGUAGAGACCAAUCUUUAGAGGGCCUUAAGAGCAGGGACUGUACUUUUGAGGACCCCACCUCUGUGGACCGUAGUUCUGUGGACCGCAGUUUCUGGGACCAUACGCAUGAGGACUGUACUUUUAAGGACCGCAGCUCUUGGGACCGUACACGUGUGGAUCUUACAUGUAGGGUCCGCUCUUGCGAGGACCGCACCUCCCCAGACCACUCUCCUAGGGAACGCACCUUGAACGAAUCUGGGUUUAGGAAUGAAAGGACCAUGGACCACUACUCAGACCUGGACAAGGACAUGCACACGGACACAGAGUCCCACGAGGGUGAGGAGUACGACGACCAAGGCUGCCCCAGGGCCAGGAGGUCCAGCCUGGCCAAGCGCAUCGCUAACUCCUCUGGCUACGUUGGUGACCGCAUCAAGUGUGUCACCACCGAGCUGUACGCCGACUCCAGCAAGCUAAGCAGAGAGCAGCGGGCCCUGCAGAUGGAAGGCUUAACACAAGAGGACAGUAAAUUAAGUCAACCUGCUGCUUACUGUGAGCGUGCUAUGCUGCGCUUCUCUGAGCUGGAACUGAAAGAGAAGGAGGGAGGAGGGGCGGCGGUGGACUUGGCAGACAGCCAGCGCGAGCGGAGAGAGGGGGAUGGAGAUGGAGGAGAGGACAGGGCGCGCUGCCAAGGCCCAGCCAGAACGGGGCCAGGGGCCUCAGCCCUCACAGAGGAGGCUGAGAAGGACGGUGUGCAGCUGACGUGCCCCAACAACAGAGUGCCUGUUCUCCAGCGAUGCCCACACACUGAGGGCCUCCCACCCAGAGAGAGGGAGCAGGCUGGCCCCGACCUGGAGGAGAGGAAGAGGGGGAUGAUGCUGGAGAAAGAGGAGAGGGUGUUUGUGCUCCCACGGGAGCGGUCUGCCAGCCUGCCCACGGCCCCAGUGGAAAGGCUGGCCCAGAAGGAUGCCAACCCUGGCAUCAUGCCCACCAUGCCAGCCUCCAUGCCCACCGCGGUGCCUGGCAGGAAACACGCAUAUGCCCUGGAACCGUGCCAGCCGCUCCAGGCCGACAGCCAGGGGAAAGAGCGGGAGGAAAAUGAGAGAGAAGAGGAGAAGGAGGAGACGAUGGAUGUUCCAUGCAAAAGAGCCAGGCUAACCAACGGCCCCACUGAGCCCGUCCCAGAGGAACUAAAGAACCUCAAGGUGUGUAUCGAGCUGACCGGCCUCCGACUCAGCAAGCCCCGCCUCGCCCAGGAGCUCAGCCAAUGGCAGGCCGCCACCCAGAGGUCGACAGAGGUCAACGGAAGCAUGGCCAGGACGACGAUCCUGCCCAACGGGUGCCCCGAGGUUGGCGUCACAGACAGGAAGGUUGCCUCACAGGAAGACCGGAGCCUGAAACGCAGGUCAGAGGUCAACGGCCACGCCUGGUGCCAUGAAACGUUUGGUCACGGCGACAUCGAGAGAGUGGUGCUGCCGUCUGUUCCUCUGACUCCAGCGCAUCGGGACCGCCUCUACCGGACUCCGUCCACCACCCCUGUCAGAAAACCACCCCUGCAGACCACCACCCCUGCCCUCACCCCCUUUCACUCCCUGGCCCCUGCACACCCCCACAUCACCCUCACCCCCAGCCCUCCACGGCUGUCAGACAAGAGACAGAGGCUAAAAGAACACCGCAGGACCAGCGCUUUGGGACUGGGACCCACCGGCCCUCACCCCGACCAUGACCCUAACCCAACGGGGGACCUAGUGGCUCCCAGACUCCGUCGGCACGGCGACCAGGACAAGCCCAAGGGCAAGCGGCAGUGCAAGACUAAACACACCAGCCAGAGGGAGCGGGAGAGACUGGGGAAUGAAGAACUGAGGGAAGAGAGGGAGAGAGAGAAGCUGGGGAUUGAAGAACUGAGGGAAGAGAGGGAGAGAGAGAAGCUGGGGAUUGAAGAACUGAGGGAAGAGAGGGAGAAUAAGCAGGUCAAGGAAAAGCGAUGCAGCGAGAAGCGGAGGAGGUCUUCAUCCCUGUCGGAUUACUCCCACUCCUCCCCCGCCGCCCCUCUCACCCUGCCCACCCAGCUCAGCCCUCUGCCCAGCCCUACAGAGACCCAGGACCGCACGCCAACCCCCUCCAACCCCCCGGUGCACACCUCUACCCCUGCCAGCCGACCCAUGCCUCCCGAGGCCCGCAGGCUCAUCGUCAACAAGAACGCAGGAGAGACCCUGCUCCAGAGGGCUUCCCGCCUAGGAUACGAGGAUGUAGUGCUGUACUGCCUGGAGAACGGGGUGUGUGAUGUCAAUCACCGUGACAACGCGGGCUACUGUGCGUUGCACGAGGCAUGUGCACGUGGCUGGCUUGCUAUCACUCAGCACCUGCUGGAGCACGGUGCCGACGUCAACUGUAGCGCCCAGGAAGGCACCAGGCCCCUCCAUGACGCGGUGGAGAAUGACCAUCUGGAAGUGGUCCGUCUGCUGCUGUCCUACGGAGCUGACCCAACCCUGGCUACGUACUCUGGCCGCAGCCUCCUCCGCAUGACACACUCCCACGGCAUGGAGGGAUUCCUCUCUGAGUAUUUUUCCGACCUGAAGGGGCGUGAAGACACUGACGAAGGCAUCUACUGGGAGUUUUACGGCAGCGCUGUGUGUGAGUCAGGUGAGGACCCAGCAGCCUAUGACAUCCUGGCUAAUCCCCCAGGCCCAGGAGAGGAGGAGGACACAAGGCAGGGCUUUGAGUUUGAGUUCUCUGACCGACCCCUCCUGCCCUGCUACAACAUUCAGCUCUCCCUCUCACAGGGUCCCAGAAACUGGCUGCUCCUAUCAGACGUCCUGAAGAGACUCAGAAUGUCCUCCAGGGCGUUCAGGGCAGCCUUCGCCCAUCUGGAGGUAGCAACCAUCGCCGAGGCAGAGUUCUACAAGCAGGCGUCACUGUCGCAGCUCUUCUCGUGUCCCGACGAGCUCGCCGCCUUCCUCCCCGACAGCAAGGAGCUGCUGGACCUGGUUGAGACCAGCUCGGAGCUGGCUGCGCUGCUGGGCUCCUCGCUAGAGUGUUUGGACAGCCAAUGGGAGCCCAAAGGGGCCCGGGUCAAAGCUAAAGCCCGCUCGUGACCCUGAGAUACACACACACACACAGAUGGUGACUCUCAAUAAGAUCUACUUUCUCCUGAAGUGGACACUCCUUCACUAGUUCCCACAAAUCUGGUGCAGUUAUUUGGCUAGUGGUAGUUUUCCACCAUGUUUCUUAUACCAGUCCUUUCCUUUCAAAUCGGUGCAGGGAAGUGAACACUUUGGGAGGAAGGAGAGAGUAUUGGGACGUAGCCAACACACACACAUGCUCCAUGUGUACGUUCCCAUGUCCUGUGAGGACUGGACGUUGAAUACUGGACAGUAUCCCUUCAAAGAGGAAACAGACCCCAGCGCCACACAAACUGCAUUUUUUAAAUAAAUAUAUUAUAUAUGUGUACAUUAACAGCCGAUUUUAUUUGUUUUAUAUAUAUAUAUAUGUAUGUAUGUAUGUAUGUAUAUCCAUACUGUAUAUCUGCUGCUUUGGUUGUCAUGUUGUGGUCAGGUUGUGGGUUUUGACACUGUUUGGGUUGACUAGGCUAGUGAACAGGUCAGGAGCAAUGUGGACCUCUGAGGUAAAGGUUAUUGUUUGAGUUUGGAUCAUGGCAGUGCACUUGAUUUGAGCUUUACCGACCCAUUGGACUUUGACAGAUAUAUAUAUAUAUAUAUAUAUAUAUAGAGAGAGAGAGAGAGAGAGAGAGAGAGAGAGAGAGAGAGAGAGAGAGAGAGAGAGAGUGAACUGUGACAAAAACAUUUUAGCACUCAUGGCUCAUCCCAAAGAUUUGGGGAUUUUAUUUUCAACAUUGUCUAAAAACCUAGCUUUAUUUGUAUCUUAUUUAUGACAAUGAGGAAUUAAGAUAUUUGAUGUGGGUUUUUUGUAAAAUAUAAAUGUAAAAUACUACAAGCCAUUUCAAUUGAAGAGUGAGAUUCAUGCUUGAACUUGUAAAUAAGAUGACCAUUUCAGUAACUGUUUUUCUGACUGGGGUGUUUGGUUUGUUUGUUUUGGCAAUGUAAGUGUUUAAACUUUGUAAUUAAAUACACUAUUAUUUGUAUUUAUAUUUUACAAAAAAAAUAAUUUAAAUAAAUCGCAAUACAAGUUAA